AUGGCUAAGAGACACACAAUUGAAACUGUCGAUAGAAGCUUUCGUGAUAUAAUGGACAAGAAUGUACCUUUUGGUGGAAAAGUAAUGGUCUUUGGAGGUGAAUUUCGACAAGUGCUAUCGGUGGUUCCUAAAUCAACGCGAGUAGAGACAGUGAAUGCAAGUUUGGUGAGGUUAUAUUUGUGGCCUUUGAUGGAAAAGAUUCAUUUAACGUCCAGCAUGAGAGCUAGAGCAGAUCCAAAUUUUAGUGCCUUCUUGCUUCGAGUUGGAAACGGGGAGGAAACCACAAUACGGGAUAAUUUAAUACUACUACCACAACAAAUGGUGGUCCACCCAAGUGGUCAGGGAAAGCCAGAAGAAUGCUUGGUAAGGGAAAUUUUUAAAGGGCUACAACAGAAUUACAGAUCAGCAAAGUUUAUUACUGAAAGGGCAAUCUUAGCAAGCCGAAAUGAAUUUGUAGACAAUAUAAAUGAAAUGAUGAUCACUCAAUUCCCGGGAGAAACGAAAACAUAUAUCAGCUUUGACUCGGCAGAAGACGAUACCAACAAUUAUUAUCAAGAAGAAUACCUGAAUACAUUAACUCUGAAUGGUCUACCGCCACAUAGCCUGGCCAUCUGUCUGAUGGUGAAAGGCUGUACUAAGAUUAACCUUUGUCCCCAGUCCUUUCUGGAAGGACUUCCAGAAGUUGGCGGUAAAUUGUGCUCCUCUAUCAAAGAUAAUAGAUACUGGGACACCGUGUAG